CUCCCCCCUCCGCCGCCGCCGCCGCCACUUUCUCGCUCGCUCCCGCUCCCCGGACGCGGCGGAUGAGCCGGCCCCGCUGGGGAAGGGCUCGGGGCGGCGGCGGGCGGCCGGGAGGAGGCUGCGUGCUCGGGGCUGGGGCUGCGAGCGGGGUGAUUUUGUAUUAAAAUGAGGAGGAGGAAGAAGCGGCAGCCACAGCGGCGGCGGCGGCAGCAGCGGCAGCAGCAGCGGCGGCAGGAGCAGCGGCGUAGAGGGCUGCAGCCCGGGCGGACGCGCGGAGCCGAGCUGGGCACGGCGGCGGCGGCGACAGCGGCCGGGAUGAGUCAACUAAUAAUUUAAUGGGGGCAGAGACGGCAGCGCGGGGGAGAGCGAGCGAGCGAGAGCGAGAGCGAGCGAGAGAGAGAGCAGCAGCCCCGUCCGGGGACUCGCGCUCACACGCACGCACACACACAAACACACACACACACACACCUCUCCCUGUGCCACCCAGCAACAACCGGCCUCGUCACAACAACAGCAACAGCCGCCCUCUAGCCCGGCCCGGGGACCGAGCCUGAAGCCGGGGCGACUCCAAGGGACGCUUCCCACCCCUCCUCUUGCAUUUCGGGAAACUCCUCAUCAGUUUUGUUGGGGUUUCUGGGCUUCUUUUUCCCCCCUAAGUCCCAGUGCCAUUGUGGUGCUCGUUGUUUACCUCGGACUCGGGCUGAGUGAGAGCUCGGCGACUUUUUGGGGGGAGGGGGCGGGGAGUUCGUCGCUGCCGAGGCGGUGGAGGUGGCUGGGGGGGUGCCUUCAGAUUCCCUCCCCCUCCCCCCAGACCCUCUUUUUCUCUCUCUCUCUCUCUCUCUACUCACUCGGCUCCCCAGGCGCUCGCAGCCCCGCGUCAAUGGGCUGGGAGAGGGUCCUCGGGGCUGCUAUCAGCGAGGGCCGAGUCAAAAGUGGCAUUUCAGUGCCUUUCCGGGGCUCUUUCCGCGACCUUCUGCCUCCCACCCUCGCUGUUCCCCGGUAGAUGCCCUCCUUGGGGGUGCGAGGCUGUGGGAAGAAAGUUUAAGGACAUAGAAAACAUCAGUCUUGAACUUCUCUUCAAGAACCCGGGCUGCAAAGGAAAUCUCCUUUGUUUUUGUUAUUUAUAUGCUGUCAAGUUUUGAAGUGGUGAUCUUUAGAGGGUAACUGAGUAUGGAUCAUUUGAACGAGGCAACUCAGGGGAAAGAACAUUCAGAAAUGUCUAACAAUGUGAGCGAUCCGAAGGGUCCACCAGCCAAGAUUGCCCGCCUGGAGCAGAACGGGAGCCCGCUAGGAAGAGGAAGGCUUGGGAGCACAGGUGCAAAAAUGCAGGGAGUGCCUUUAAAACACUCGGGCCAUCUGAUGAAAACCAACCUUAGGAAAGGAACCAUGCUACCAGUUUUCUGCGUGGUGGAACAUUAUGAAAAUGCCAUUGAAUAUGACUGCAAGGAGGAGCAUGCGGAAUUUGUGUUGGUGAGAAAGGAUAUGCUUUUCAACCAGCUGAUAGAAAUGGCAUUGCUGUCUCUGGGUUAUUCGCAUAGCUCUGCUGCCCAGGCCAAAGGGCUAAUCCAGGUCGGAAAGUGGAAUCCAGUGCCACUAUCUUAUGUGACAGACGCCCCUGAUGCUACGGUAGCAGAUAUGCUCCAAGACGUGUAUCAUGUGGUCACAUUGAAAAUUCAGUUACACAGUUGCCCCAAACUAGAAGACUUGCCUCCCGAACAAUGGUCGCACACCACAGUAAGGAAUGCUCUGAAGGACUUACUGAAAGAUAUGAAUCAGAGUUCGUUGGCCAAGGAGUGCCCCCUUUCACAGAGUAUGAUUUCUUCCAUUGUGAACAGCACUUACUAUGCAAAUGUCUCAGCAGCAAAAUGUCAAGAAUUUGGAAGGUGGUACAAACAUUUCAAGAAGACAAAAGAUAUGAUGGUCGAAAUGGAUAGUCUUUCUGAACUAUCCCAGCAAGGUGCCAAUCACGUCAACUUUGGCCAGCAGCCUGUCCCAGGGAACACAGCUGAGCAGCCUCCGUCCCCCGCGCAGCUCUCCCAUGGCAACCAGCCCUCUGUCCGGACCCCUCUACCGAACCUGCACCCUGGGCUUGUGUCAACGCCCAUCAGUCCUCAAUUGGUCAACCAGCAGCUGGUGAUGGCUCAGCUGCUGAACCAGCAGUAUGCAGUGAAUAGACUUUUAGCCCAGCAGUCCUUAAACCAACAAUACUUGAACCACCCUCCCCCUGUCAGUAGAUCUAUGAAUAAGCCUUUGGAGCAACAGGUUUCAACCAACACAGAGGUGUCUUCCGAAAUCUACCAGUGGGUACGUGAUGAACUGAAACGAGCAGGAAUCUCCCAGGCAGUAUUUGCACGUGUGGCUUUUAACAGAACUCAGGGCUUGCUUUCAGAAAUCCUCCGAAAGGAAGAGGACCCCAAGACUGCAUCCCAGUCUUUGCUGGUAAACCUUCGGGCUAUGCAGAAUUUCUUGCAGUUACCAGAAGCUGAAAGAGAUCGAAUUUACCAGGAUGAAAGGGAAAGGAGCUUGAAUGCUGCCUCGGCUAUGGGUCCAGCCCCCCUGAUAAGCACACCGCCCAGCCGCCCUCCCCAGGUGAAAACAGCUACGAUUGCCACUGAGAGGAAUGGGAAACCAGAGAACAAUACCAUGAACAUUAAUGCUUCCAUUUAUGAUGAGAUUCAGCAGGAAAUGAAGCGCGCUAAAGUGUCCCAAGCACUGUUUGCAAAGGUUGCCGCAACCAAAAGCCAGGGGUGGUUGUGUGAGCUGUUACGCUGGAAAGAAGAUCCCUCUCCAGAAAACAGGACUCUGUGGGAGAACCUCUCCAUGAUCCGAAGGUUCCUCAGUCUUCCUCAGCCAGAACGUGAUGCCAUUUAUGAACAGGAGAGCAACGCGGUGCAUCACCAUGGCGACAGGCCGCCCCACAUUAUCCAUGUUCCAGCAGAGCAGAUUCAGAGCCCCUCUCCCACCACCCUUGGGAAAGGAGAGUCUAGAGGCGUUUUCUUACCAGGCCUGCUGACCCCUGCACCAUGGCUCGGUGCUGCUCCUCAGCAGCAGCCGCAGGCGCAGGCGCAGCAGCAGCCGGCGCCGCCACCCCCGCAGGCGCAGGCGCAGCAGCCGGCCGGGCCCCGGCUCCCCCCGCGGCAGCCCACGGUGGCCUCGCCCGCAGAGGCCGAGGACGAGAACCGGCAGAAGACCCGGCCGCGAACGAAAAUAUCCGUGGAAGCCCUGGGCAUCCUCCAGAGUUUCAUCCAAGACGUGGGCCUGUACCCGGACGAAGAGGCCAUCCAGACUCUGUCCGCGCAACUUGACCUUCCCAAGUACACCAUCAUCAAGUUCUUUCAGAACCAGCGGUAUUAUCUCAAGCACCACGGCAAACUGAAGGACAACUCCGGCUUAGAGGUGGAUGUGGCCGAAUACAAGGAAGAGGAGUUGCUUAAGGAUUUGGAAGAGAGUGCCCAAGACAAAAAUGCUAACACCCUUUUCUCGGUGAAGCUAGAAGAAGAGCUGUCGGUGGAAGGAAACACAGACAUUAACACUGAGUUGAAAGACUGAGAUCAAAGUAUUAUUUUCAUUCAACAGUGCCACUGGUAUUUACUAACGACAUGAGAAGUCCACCUUGUAUUCUCUCAGAAAACCUUUGUUGUUCAUGGUUUGGCCAAUGAAUCUUCAGAAACUUGCACAAACAGGAAAGUUGAGAAAGGAUAAUACAGACUGCACUAAAUGUUUUACUCUGUUUUACAAACUGCUUGGCAGCCCCAGGUGAAGCAUCGAGGAUUGUUUGGUAUUUAAAAUUAAAAUUUGUGUUCACGGGACGCAUCGAGGUGCAUACCCGUAAGCAUGAUACCAGUGAUAUCUUUUUUUUUAAAAAAAAAAAUUAUUAUUCUGGAGCCUCAAACAAGCAUUAUAACUUCUGUGAUUAUUAUUUCCUUCCUUUAAUUAUUUCUGUAACACUCCACACUGAUCUUUGGAAACUCGCCCCUUAUUUUAAAAAAAGAAAAAAAAAGAGUUUGUUACUCUAUUGUAUGUUACAAAAGAACUAUAGACUGUGGAAUGCAGUUUAAAGAUGACAUAUGCCAACAAAUGCCUUGUAUUAUAUGGCACUGCCGUAAUUCAAAUUUGUUUUUAUUUUGGAAAUAAAAGUUCACUGUAAUUUUUUUCAUUCUCAUUGUUACAUGAUUUUUUAAAAAAUGAAAAGAAAAUGUGAAACACAAUUUAGUCCUCAUUAUUUAUUUGUAGAUCCUGCAGCAUCAUGUUGUAAUUAAUUUUUUGGAAGUUUCCGUUAAAUGUAAUAUUGCUUCUCUUGUUACCAUACUGAUUCUUUUCUAUUUAUAAAUGUAUUUUGAUGGGCAGUAAAACAAAGUGUCUUAAAAGUUUUAAAUAGAGAAAAUGUGCUUUACACAGUUGCCUAUAAAAAGUGCUCUAUGUUAUCCAAGCAAUUCAUACUAUAAGCUUCACUCUUAUUGUUGUAUGCAAUUUUUACUAUCAUGCAAAUAAGCUUAGGUAAAUAAAACUAAUAGAUCACCUUAGAAAAUUAUGCAAUUAAUGUGAAAAUAAUGGAUGUUUGCAAUGUGUCUUCCUUUGGUUUACAAUCAAUUUUAAAGCUACAUCUGUAUAAAAUUUCUGUAUAAAGGUGUAUUUCUUUUUUAUGAGUUUAUGGCUAUGAAAACACCAGCUAUUUUGUUACAGCUGGCUGUUUUUAUAAGUGUAUCACAAUUUUCUUUAUGCAGAAAUGUUCUGAUUAGGAGUGGUUAUUGACUGUAACUACACGAUUAAAAUUGUUUGUAUGGUA